AACGGCGCGCCACAUUUGCGGCCGACCCGCGAACGACGAGUUGAAAAAAAGUUUGUUUAUUUGCAGAAACAAAUCUCAGUCAAGGUUAGAUUGAUAAAUCAUGGCACCAAAGUCAAAGAAACUGAAAGGAAAGGGGAGUACCAAAUGUGAUGGGGAUCAGUGGGUGUGUAUUACUCCAGAAUCUUCACUUGAUAGUAUUGAUGGUUGCCCAGAUCCAACUUUUGUAAAGCUGAGGCACCCUAAGACAGAGAAUGGAGCCAUGUUUCUAUUCAGCAGUGACGGAACGGGUGUUUAUGAGGUGAUGAGAUUCAAACGAGACUUUGGAUCAUGGUUCAUUAAUGAUUCAAUCCAACAAGAUGGAUCAUUAGAAGUCAUAACUCCUGUUGACCCGGUAUUUCUAGCUCUGCCAUACUUGGUGAAAUCAAAUCAAGAGAGGAAUAAAUUCAUGACCUUAGACCAGAUUGUUCUUGAUGACGAUUACCCACAAUGCAUUAAGUUGCUGCAUUGCUCUGGCAUGUCUGACAUAGAAAGAGUAGCGGAGGUCAAAGGGAGUGGUGAUGUGAGAGCCUUCCGAUACGACAAAUCAAAGACAUUGGAUUGGUUGAGGGACAAAGUGCAGCAGACAGCAGCACGCCUAGGACAGACAGAUAUACACGUCACCAGCGGAGCACAGUCAACAACGUUUGUACGGAGCAGCAAAGAGCAAGGCGCAACAGGAGAGGAUUACCAGAGAUAUGCUGCAGGCCUAGUCUCUGAUUACCUUUCUCCAGACCUGAGUAAACAAAUGUUUGAUCACAUAGGAAUUAAAGAGGUAUCUGAGAAAGUAGCCAAGGUGAUUGAGAAUGGGGCAGAACCUCCUAUGAAGAAAGCAAGAAUAUCCUCAGAUGCCAAAACAGAACCAGAGGAAGACUAUUCCAAGGCAUUUACAGGAUCAAAUGAUACAAAGAAAGAAAAGAAUGGGAAGAUGACUGCGGCACAGAAGGCAUUGAGUAAAGUGGACAAGAAAGGAAUGAAGAGCAUCUCAAGUUUCUUCUCCCCAAAACCCAAGAAAUGAUAUCAUAUCGACAAUCUAUAAGCAAUUAUGUAAUAAAACUUGUGUUAUUUUGAUUGCCUAAAGUUAGCCUUCUGUAUGGUCUGGGACUCUGAGGGUAGAUUUUAUGGUAUGAACAUAAUCCACACCCAUAUAUUGAUUUUCAGUAUUAAGUACUGAAAAGUGAGAAGAAUACUGAUAGUUUCAUGUAAAAUGCUGAUUUCUAAAGUUUCAGUUGUAUGUGUGGUCCUAUGGUAUUUUUUUAAAAUACUGAUUUCCUCGUAGAAAUACUGAUUUUCGGCUUCAAAAGUACUGAAAUGUUCCUUUUCAGGUUGGCAGCUCUGCAUAUCUACUUGAGUCAACAAGGGAUUUUCUGAAUCUCAGAUGGACUUAUUCUUAGAUGAUGGAACACCAUCAUGACUAACCCAAUUUGUCAACUGGUAGAUGGUCUAAUCAUCAGAUGAUCUAACUUCACAAUGGCUUGAUCCAACCAUCACAUGCUCUAAUACUUGCUUGGUCUAAUUGUCAUUUCGUCCAGUGUCCAGCUGGUCUAACUUCCAUGUCUGUACUUUGUAUUUUGCACUUAGAAAUGCAAAUAUUGUUCACAAACAGUUCAUAUAAUCAUAUACAUUAUGGGGUGUUAGACCAAGCGGAUAUUCAACGAAAUGGAUAUUGCUUAAAGAGAAAUUACAUGAAAUGCUAAAUGGAACUUAAACCAAUUCUUAUAGUAAAUUGACUAGUUGUUGAUGAACUAUGAUAAGCUUUGUGGGAUGGCAUCGACCAGGAGUAGACAAAGUGAUUGUAGAACAAGUGGCAUUUUAUCCAAGCACAAGGGUAAAAAUCUAUGUCUUUUCCCGGGCUACUUUUUUUUUUUUAGCUUACCAGCCCUAUUUUUCUACAUUGCAAUACAGUUUAUAGAAGACCCCUUGGAAAUUUUAGGGGCUCUUUAUUAGUUUUCUUUGUUUGUGUAGGGGAUUUUAGGGGCAAAUUUGCCCCGAGUUCCCAUGUAUUUCCCCCCUGCUGAGCAUGUACCUGCCACAGUCCCUAUGUAUUGAGAUACUGAGCAAGAUUUCAUUAUAACAUAUUUUCAAUACACCCAAGCAUGAGUUAUCUCAGGCAUUUAGUGGAGAUAGUCUCAAUUCAGCAACAACAGCCAAAAAAAAAGAAGAAUUGUCAAUAUUUUCUAUAUUGUGUCUUUGGUUUUGAAAUGU